CGCUUUAUAGCGGGAAGGUAAAUGGCAUUUCCGUGUGCUGCGCUGGUGCCGGCUCGCCAGAGCAGCUUCGUCACGCUGGCCACCUGACCCGGAAGUGUCUCCGGACAGCGCUGGCCCCCGGCCUCUUAAGUGAGAUGGGCGCACAACCCUAGAGUCGGACACGACUGGCCCAUACAGGCAGAGGUAACUUUACCUUUACCUUUAAGCUUCUAUGGAGAUACUGUGGUACAACCUUGGUACAAAUUUCAAAAUAAGUACACAAAGCCAACAAAGAGACUCAGAGAUUUAUACUGGCACCAGGUAAAGGUAAAGGGACCCCUGACCAUUAGGUCCAGUCGUGACUGACUCUGGGGUUGUGGCGCUCAUCUCGCUUUACUGGCUGAGGGGGCCGGCGUACAGCUUCCGGGUCAUGUGGCCAGCAUGACUAAGCCACUUCUGGUGAACCAGAGCAGCGCACAGAAACGCCGUUUACCUUCCUGCCGGAGUGGUACCUAUUUAUCUACUUGCACUUUGACGUGCUUUCGAACUGCUAGGUUGGCAGGAGCAAGGACCGAGCAACGGGAGCUCACCCUGUCACGGGGAUUCGAACUGCCGACCUUCUGAUCAGCAAGCUGUGGCUCUGUGGUUUAGACCACAGCGCCACCCGCGUCCCUUAAAGUUCCCUUAGAGAGAUCCUUUAACUCCAAUCUCAGCAGGAAUCAGCACAGUGCUGAGAUGGGAUAGGCGUCCUGAUCUAGAGAUAAAUGAUCCCACUGGCUGCUCUUUAAAGAGGGUUUCUAAAGAACAAUCAGAAGGGUCUUUUUUCAUGGAUCUCAUUGCUAAUUCAGCAGGGUCUUCUUGUGCUCUUAUUUUUCCCCACCCCAGCACUGGGGAUGGAAGAUCUAAACAUGCUGGUUCAUAGCUGUCAACUUUCAGAUUUGAAAAUAAGGGAUCAGCAGCCUCACCUGUCCCCACGUCCCUGUGGCACCACGUAUCCUACUCAAAAUUCCACUUUGUCAGACUGCAGCCCACAAAACAUUUAUCAGCCUUUAAGGGCUGCAAAGAUGAAUCAACAGAAGCAUAGUUCAUCUAUGGAAUGCAUCCUACAGGAGACAGUGACAGCCAGCAACUUGGAUAGCUUGGAAAAAAGGAUAAGACUGACGUCUCUGCUCUGCCCUGGUCCAGGCAAUAAUGCUUCUUAAUACUAGUGUCUGGAAAGCACAGGAAGGCAGAGAAGACUCUUGUGCUCCAAUCCUGCUUGCCGGUUUCCCACAGGCAUCUGGUUGGCCUCUGUGAGAAGAGGAUGCUGGACUAGACUCCCAAACAGGUGAGGAAGAUGAAGGUCAGAAUUCUAUGGAGCUACAUGUGAAUUUAUUGGGAAGAAGAAAGAAACUGAGGAUACAACAACAAACUCACAAAGGAGAGAUACUAUUUGAAUGUAUGAAGUGUGGAACGAGCUUUAGUCAUAGUCAAGCACUUAGAAUACAUCAAUGAACUCACACGGGGGAGAAACCAUUUAAAUGUAUGGAGGGCGGUAAGAGCUUCAGUCAAAGUGGAACACUUAGAAUACAUCAACGAACUCACACGGGUGAGAAACCAUUUAAAUGUAUGGAGUGCGGUAAGAGCUUCAGUACGAAUGGAGAACUUACAAUACAUCAACGAACUCACACGGGGGAGAAACCAUUUAAUUGUAUGGAGUGCGGUAAGAGCUUCAGUCAAAGUGGACAUCUUAGAAUACAUCAACGAACUCACACGGGGGAGAAACCAUUUAAUUGUAUGGAGUGCGGUAAGAGCUUCAGUCAAAGUGGACAUCUUAGAAUACAUCAACGAACUCACACGGGGGAGAAACCAUUUAAUUGUAUGGAGUGCAGUAAGAGCUUCAGUACGAAUGGAGAACUUAGAAUACAUCAACAAACUCACACGGGGGAGAAACCAUUUAAAUGUAUGGAGUGCAGUAAGAGCUUCAUUCAAUAUGGACACCUUAGAAGACACCAACGAACUCACACGGGGGAGAAACCAUUUAAAUGUAUGGAGUGCGGUAAGAGCUUCAGUCAAAGUGGACAUCUUAGAAUACAUCAACGAACUCACACGGGUGAGAAACCAUUUAAAUGUAUGGAGUGCGGUAAGAGCUUCAGUACGAAUGGAGAACUUACAAUACAUCAACGAACUCACACGGGGGAGAAACCAUUUAAAUGUAUGGAGUGCGGUAAGAGCUUCAGUGAAAGUGUAACACUUAGAAUACACCAACGAACUCACACGGGGGAGAAACCAUUUAAAUGUAUUGAAUGUGGAAAGAGCUUCAUUCAAUAUGGACACCUUAGAGGACAUCAACGAACUCACACGGGUGAGAAACCAUUUAAUUGUAUGGAGUGCGGUAAGAGCUUCAGUCAAAGUGGACAUCUUAGAAUACAUCAACGAACUCACACGGGGGAGAAACCAUUUAAUUGUAUGGAGUGCGGUAAGAGCUUCAGUACGAAUGGAGAACUUAGAAUACAUCAACGAACUCACACGGGGGAGAAACCAUUUAAAUGUAUGGAGUGCGGUAAGAGCUUCAUUCAAUAUGGAAACCUUAGAAGACACCAACAAACUCACACGGGGGAGAAACCAUUUAAAUGUAUUGAAUGUAGAAAGAUCUUCAGUGAAAGUGGGAAACUUAGAAUACAUCAACGAACUCACACGGGGGAGAAACCAUUUAAUUGUAUGGAGUGCGAUAAGAGCUUCAGUCAAAGUGGACAUCUUAGAAUACAUCAACGAACUCACACGGGGGAGAAACCAUUUAAUUGUAUGGAGUGCGGUAAGAGCUUCAGUACGAAUGGAGAACUUAGAAUACAUCAACGAACUCACACGGGGGAGAAACCAUUUAAAUGUAUGGAGUGCGGUAAGAGCUUCAUUCAAUAUGGAAACCUUAGAAGACACCAACAAACUCACACGGGGGAGAAACCAUUUAAAUGUAUUGAAUGUAGAAAGAUCUUCAGUGAAAGUGGGAAACUUAGAAUACAUCAACGAACUCACACGGGGGAGAAACCAUUUAAUUGUAUGGAGUGCGAUAAGAGCUUCAGUCAAAGUGGACAUCUUAGAAUACAUCAACGAACUCACACGGGGGAGAAACCAUUUAAUUGUAUGGAGUGCGAUAAGAGCUUCAGUCAAAGUGGACAUCUUAGAAUACAUCAACGAACUCACACGGGGGAGAAACCAUUUAAUUGUAUGGAGUGCGGUAAGAGCUUCAGUACGAAUGGAGAACUUAGAAUACAUCAACGAACUCACAUGGGGGAGAAACCAUUUAAAUGUAUGGAGUGCGGUAAGAGCUUCAGUCACAGUGGAACACUUAGAAUACAUCAACAAACUCAUACGGGGAGAAAGCAUUUGAAUGUAUUGAAUGUGGAAAAAGCUUCAGUACAAGUUGGAAACUUAGAAUACACCAACGAACUCACACAGGGGAGAAGCCAUUUAAAUGUAUGGAGUGUGGAAAGAGCUUCAGUAAAAAUUAACACCUUAGAAGACAUCAGCUAACACACACACA